CGCUUGAUGAGGUCAUUGUGAAAUCUCUCCUACCCCACGUGACUGGCCUGGCAGCGUGAGCUCUAAGAAGGAACUGCUGUAAAAUCUUCUCAGUGAUGAGACACAGCUGAUUCCGACACGGCUCACAAUGAUCCGCAGAGCGCGGUUGAGUCUAAAACCCAACGUUAAGCCGGGCGGCCGGGGCCCUGGCCCUAGUCCCGGUACUACACCCGGCAGUGGUGGAAAUGCUACCGAGCCAAACAGGGCCUCUCAAGCAUCUCCUGGACCGAACCAUGAAACCCCCGAGAAGGAUAAAGCAGUGGAGUGUUCCGAAGUGCCUGAGACGAGGGAAGAGAACUCCGUGCCGGAUCUUGCUGACCGAGGGGACUCGAUGAUUCUGGAAAAGAAGGGAACAGACCUGUGCAACAAUGCUCCCCCAGCUGCUGCUGAAGUCCAGCUAUGUUCAACAUCGACACCGCUCCAGCGAAGGAAGAGGAUUGCUACUUUGCCUAAUCUUGCAAAGCCGAGGGUCUCCAUUCCUUCGACUGUUACCACAUUACCACUGAAAGCUUCUCAAGGAGACAUUCCUAUAGCUGUACCUAGUACUGGUGUGGCUGAAACCGCUACUCCAGAGAAAGUCAAGUUAGAGAGUUCUUUCAAAAUACCUACUCCCUGUGGCAUUUCCCAACCAUCAUUGCCUGAAAAGAGGACUCCGGUACCCCAGGUUCCACAGUUUACCCCAUUUAAGAAACCUGUCCUUAAACAGCCUGAAGUUAGUCCUGUGAAAGCUGUUGAACCUCAAUCAAAGGAUGAUCUGUGUCCACUUAAAGAGAGACCAUCUCAGGGAUCCAGCAUCAGCGAAGAAUACCUAAAGAAAACAAAACCUUCCCCUGUAAAGAAACUUGUCGGUAAUUUGGAGAAAGAAAGACUCAAAAGAGCUAAAAAAUUAAGGGAGUUGCUUCGUGACGAACUAAGAAAAGAGAGAAGAGCAUCAAAGGGAAAGUAUUCGAGUAUAGACCUCAGCAGUGAAGUAGACCACUCCAAAAUGACCAUGAGAGACUUCAUUCACUACAUCCCAGAAAACAACCCUAUGACGUCUUCUCUUUUUGACAAAACGACAGGUGACAAGUCUCCCACUGCUGAAUCUCAGAGUGCUGUACCAGAAAAGAAAACUAUUUCCAUGGAAGAUGAAGAUGAUCUAGAUGAAGAGGAAGACGAAGGUCCGUUAAUGGUCCCACGUGUGAAAGUGGCAGAGGAUGGCUCUAUUAUUAUUGAUGAGGAGAGUUUAACAGUGGAAGUGUCCAGAGCUAAAGGUCCAAUUGUUGAGAACGAUGAUCCAAUCUUUGAGCGAGGCUCCAUGACAACAUAUUCAAGUUUUCGGAAGAGCAAGCAAUCAAAGCCAUGGUCGGAUAAAGAAACAGACAUGUUCUUUUUGGCUAUCAGCAUGGUUGGAACGGACUUCUCAAUGAUAUCACAUCUUUUCCCGCACAGGGAGCGGUUCGAGAUCAAGAACAAAUUCAAACGGGAAGAACGAAAAAAUGGAUGGAGGAUAGAUAAGGCUUUCCGAGAAAAGAAGGCAUUUGACUUAGAGUUUUUUGCAAAGCUUCUUGAAAAAGCAUUAAUGAAGGAGCCAAAACCCCCCAAAACACCGAAACCACGUAAGGCUAAAGGUGAACAGGGAAAUAAGACUCGAAAGCCACGUAAAAAACGAAAAGCAGAUGAAGCCAGCGCCGAGCAACACAGUAAUCUGGGGGAUCAGGAAUCGGAGGCUGUAGAUGCAAGCACUGCUGAGAAGGAAAAUGAGGAGUCCCAGACAGAAAAUGUACCAACCUCCCUCCCUGGGAAGAAAAAGAGAGCACGGAAGAAAAAGAAAGAUGCAGAGUCUGGUGAACUGGAGGAUCUUUCUGAGGGGCCAAAUAAAAAAUUGCCUGCAAAGGAAGGAAAAUCCAGGAAAAAAAAAAAAGGCAAAUCUCUGGAUUUGUCUGCUGAUCCUGAAGUUGUUGAUCUUGAGGAAAUGGAAACGGCAGAGGGUGAAAAGAUUAUUAAUGUAGAAAGCAUUCGAGCGAAAAAGAAAAAGCGGAGGCGGAAAAAGAAGCCAAUCUCAGAGGAUUCAAAUACUGAAUGUCAUUCAGACACUGAUCUGUUACAUAAAGCUGGGGAAAAUGAUUCUGAGACUAAAGAGCCCAGUGUUACACUGGAUGAUUCAGUGGAGAGUUGUGACCAGUCUGUGCAAAAAUCUACUGAAGACAAUGUGGGUGCACUCCCAGCGGAAAGCCUUUCUGGGGAUGAUGUUGAUUAUGGAUCUCUGGAACCUUUUGAAGACGAUGAUGAUCAUGUUGACGAUGAGCUCUUAAGCAAGCAGGAGAACACGUUGGUUUCCAAUGAGCAUGAUUCAGCUGUGCUGCUGGCCUCUGAUUUAUCAUUGUUUGACCAUAGCUCCAUAUCUGUAUCUGAUACUCCGGCUGAGACAAGCCCUGUGGAAUCUCACCAGGAAGCCACUGACUCUAAGGUGACCAUCAGCACUAUUGAGAAGUCUCAGGAAUGUGAUAAUCAGGAAAAUGCUGGAGCCAGGACUCAGGAGCCUUCUACAUCCGAAGAUGGAUUAAUUCAGCCCCCCACUAAAUCCUCACCUUUGGUAAAAGGCAGGGUGCAUAGACCAAAGCCCAACUUACCAAAAGUAUCUACUAGAAGAGGGGAACAAGAAAAGGGAGGAGAUAUGCCAGAUGGUAAAAUUGAAGCCACCACUGAAGAUAUCACUAAAACAUUUCAGUGCCCAGACGAUGACCAGUUGAGUCCCAAAAUUAUUCCCAUGAGCAAUUCUAAAAAUACUCCUAGUAAUGAAGGUUCUGUGGAGCAAGAAGAAUCCACAACAAAGGCGCAAGAAUCCACCUCUGCCCCAGCAUCACCCAUUAAACAGUCGUCUCAGGGUAAAGGCAGACUUCAGAAGCCAAAGCCUAACUUACUAACAAUAUCUGCUAGAAGAAGAAAACCGGAGAAGAAUGAAGAUAUCCAGAAGACAGGGAUGGAGGACAGAGCAGAGAACCCCAAUAGCUCGGAAAAUGACAAGUCAUCUUCUAGGAAGGAAGAGGAUGCAUCUGAGAAUGAAGAAGGAUCAGUAGAAAUGAGCCAAGAAUCUUCUACCUCCCUGCUUGGGUCCACACAGGCACAUAUUAAACCAACACCAGUAGUUAGGUUUCAAAGGGCAAAGCCUAAUUUGACUAAGGCAUCUGCUAGAACUGAAAAAUUGGAGGGGAGUGACAUCCAGGCAGAAGGAAUUACAUUGUCUACUGAAGAAACAGUAGAGAUUGACCAAGGACCAGAGGGUGGCAUGUCAAGUCCCAAAAAUAUUUCCAUGAACAUUUCCCUUAUUUCUCAAGAACAAAAGUCUUCAGAGGAUCAAGAAAAUUCUUGCGAUAAGAUGCAGGAAUCCUCAGCUUCCCAAGACACAAGUCUUCAGCCUUCUUUCAGACCAUCACCUCCAGAAAAAGACAGGUUUCAAAGACAAAAGCCUAACCUGGUAAAAUCAUCUACUAGAACAGGAAAACAGGAUGAGAGGGAAGACAUCCAGGAGGCAAGGAAUGAUGCUGUCAUUGAGAAAACAAUUCACCAGGGCUUACAAAAAGACACGCCUGCUCCAAGAAAUGUUGAAAGAGCAGUUUGUAAACAUGAGGAUUCAGCUUCAGUACAUUCAGGCUCCAUGGACAAUACCAGCCAAGAGCCCUCUGAACAAAGUCUGAUUAAAGAUCAAUAUGCAGGAGUGGAAGGCAAAGAUGCAGACAUUGUAACAUUGGAGGGGUCUGUUUCUCAAAAGGAGUGCACACCUUCCCCUGUUAUGUCCUCGCCUUCACUGAGAGGAAGACUGCAUAGACCACAACCAAAUAUAUUGAGUUUAUCUGUGAGAAAAGGAAAAAAAGAAGUUAAAGCAGAUACCCAAUCUUCUGAGGCAGCCAAUGAGGAUACAACUAAGACCACAGAUUACCCGAAAGAAGAGCCUUCUGCCACUGGAAAACCUCAGGGCCAUAUGUUGGCCGUCUUCUCAACAGAAGAAAGCAGUACAAGAGGGAUAGCAUCUCCAGUUUCUUGUUUCUCACCAAGUUCCUGUCCAGAGAAACCCAAACCUUCACCGACCAUUAAUGCAGAAGCAGAUGGUAAUCAAAGACAUGCGGAGACAGAUGAGCCUGUGAAGAACUCUGAAUUAGUUCAAAAGAGCACUUCUGAGGUGCAGCAAGAAUUGCCCUCAGUUAUAGCAGUACCUCAGUCAAGAAGCAGAUUCCAAAAGCCAAAGCCUAAUUUAAGGAAGACAUCUGUUCGAAAAGGAAAGGAGAUAGAUGACACCCAAAGUGAAGGGAAUAAGGCAGCAGCUGACAACCUUGCUAAGAAGCCACAAGACAAAAAAGAAGAAACCUCUUCAUCAGAAAAGCUUCAACUCCAGGAUAAGGAGUCAGAGAUACCUUCAGUAGAUGAAGAAAAUGUUCCUCCAUGCAUCCAGUCAUUGUCUGCUGGCUCCACGUUUCCCUUGACUGUUGCACCUGAUUCAGUUUCUGAAGAGAUUGAAGCAAAAGGCACAAACAAUAAUUGCCAGCAAAGCAGAAAACAAGAGCCACUGAAACCAGCAGUGUUAUCAAGGGGUAUAUUUCAGAAGCCAAAACCAAAUAUAGGGCAAGCAACAGCCAAGAAAGAAGUGAUUUCUUCCCAAGAUGGUAGUUCUGAUAUAAACAGCAGAGCUGCUAGUGACCAGAGCAUGGAACAUCUGGAGUCCAAUUUGCCGGCCGAUUCAGGGGUUAAGGAACAAAGCGGUUUGAUAUCUAGAGAGGCAGGAAAGGAAGGACCACUCUUCCCAAGUGAGCCAGAACCUUCCUCAAACACCACUGUUCAAGAAGUGCCUCUUACCAAGGAAGCAGAAUCAGUUAAUGUAGAUGCAUUGGCUUCAGCUGUGGUGGUUAAAGAGAAAGAUCAUUCUAAAUCCAUUCCUGCCGCACAUAACCAAGAACUAGAACAUGAUAAAGAGGAGCCAGCACAGGAACCCCUGAAACCAGCUGUAUCAUUAAAGGGUAGAUAUCAGAGACCCAAACCAAAUCUCAACAGAGCAGUUGCACAUAAGGAUCCCUCUGUUUGCUUAAAGAACACUAGUUGUGAGACAGCUGAAGAACAACAAAAUGCCUCUUCUGCCCCAAAGGCUGAAAUGAUCGUUAGGCCAGAGCUUCCAGAAAAGCUGAGUAUGUUGGUUGAGUACUCUGAAGCAUCUCAAUUGGGUAGUGAGGAUGUUCAAAACAAUGCCAAACCAGAUCUUAAACAAGAGGAUAUGCUCAAACAGCAGUCUGUGGAUGCAGACAUCAAAUCCAGUCCUUCAGUUCAACCAUCACUUCUGAGGGGUCGUUUUCAGCGCCCCAAACCAAACCUGCUGCGAGCAGUAGCCAAGAAGGCAGCGUGUCCUGUAGUCAAACCUGGAGAUGAUGAAAAGAUGACCUAUUUCUUGAAGACAGGUGAUGCAAAAAUUAAUUCAGGCACUGAAGCCAAAAGCAGUGAUUCUGAUUCUGUUGUACAGCUUUCUGUUGAGGGUCAUCAAUCUACAGGUGUCUCUCCCCUCGACUUAUCUUGGAAUAGAGCAGGAGACGAGGACAUCACUCCAGCUGCUGACACUACAUUAACUGAGGCAUCUGCAAGUCUUAACACAGAAAGCAAGUCAAAUCCAGCAAUAAAACCUGCGCCACUAAGGAGGGGAAAGACAUUGAGACUUAAACCAAACUUGGUAAAUGUGUCCUGCAGGAGGGAUAACCAAGCAGGGCACCAGACUAAGGCUACGAACGACAAUGUCACAGAUUCACCUAAAUUAGAUGCAGAUGGAGUAACUGAAUGUGUGCCUUUGAAGACUGCUAGCCAUGUCACUGGUGUGUUAGAAAAACCAACAACCCACAAAAGGAAAGCAGCAGAUAAAAGCAGUAUUGUAUUAUCUCCCAAGAAAAAACGUCCCUCUGAAAUAGCUGAUACACAAAGCAGUUUGUCAGAGAGAGAAAAUGACGGUGAUUCCUUGGAUACUGAGGGGCAGGAGAAUACAACAGCUACUCAAACCAGAUUUGAAAGAAAGGUGAUGAACUCAGUACCAGAAUGUCCUCCAGUACAGCCAAAAGGAUCAGAACAAUCGUCAGGUUUGGAAAAGGGCAAGAACACACAACACAAUAAGUCUAAUGGCAGCAAAAUCAAAGUGGUGAAGCCAGUAUCCAUGAAAGGAACUGCCCUGGUGAAGCUUAGGGCUUCUCGAUGGGAAGAACAAGAUGAUGAUGAUGAGGAGGAGGAGUUAGACGUUAAAGAUGAAAGUUUUAACCUUUCCCCUGAUAAGGUGAACAAAGCACCGGUAUUCGUUCCUUUCGGCUUGCGUUCCCCAAAGUGUGGCCCCUCUGAAAUCGAGGAGACUGUAGAAGAGCUUGAAAUCCCAGUGGAUGAUUUAGAUUCUCACACCACCUCUGAAACACAGAAUAAUGAUCCAGUAUUUGAAGAAAGGGAAAAUUCUCCUCCUGAAAUGUCUGAUCAUCUGUUAAGUGAAGCUACGGACUCUGAAGCAGUUCCUGACAAUGAAGAUUGUAGUGAUGGAAGCACAGAAGCUGCAAUGACAUUAAUAUCUAUGGGAAAUCCUGCCUUCCAGUCCAGAAAUAAUGAAGAGUCUCCAAAUUUGCAAGAGGGUCUCUCAUCCAGUAGUGAAACCCAAAGUGACCUGCAGCACUUAGAUCCUAUGGGCUCACUUCCUCUCUCUUCUGAGAUGGACACAAUACAUGCAGACUUUCCAUCCGGCGAAAUCUUGGAAGCUCAUGCAACUACAGCAGAAGUGGUUGAUCCUCUCCUACACACAUUAGAAAAGAAUAAUGGCGAUCCUCCCCAAAUGCAGCCAGCAGCUGAGAGCCUUGAUGGAUCUGUCAGUCCAACACAGUCAGGUGUCAUUUUCCUGGAAUGUCUUUCUUCUCAAGAUCCUGAUUUAAGUAAUUUAGGAAAAAGUGCUUCCCGAUCUGAUGCCACAUGUGAAGUUCAGUUUGAGCAGAGUGAAGAACACAGUGAAGAUGUAUUGCAGCACAGUAUUGUUCCUGACAGUGACGUGUCAGGUGGAAACGAAUGCCCAGCCGAAGAAGCAACUUUUAUUCUGACUCUUGUUGAGAUUCCAUUAAACUCACAAUGUCCGUACUCCUGUGAUUCAUUAACCUCUGGGGAACCUCUUCCAGCACCUGUGCUGAUCAGCUCGGGCUCUUCUCAACCUAUAACUCUGACACAAAGCAGCUCUGAGUCUGUUGAGGUUUUAGUUCCAUCUGAGCAGCGUUCUACUUCCGAUGAGGAAAGUAAUUCCUCUUGGUCAUCCUCUUCAGCCCCCAGAAAGAGAACGGCCAGCAGGCAAGAUGAUGAAUCUCAUCCAGUCAAGAAAGCCCUGCUCAUGUGUGAUACGCCAGAAGAAUUGUCUGAAGACAGUGGAACUGAAGCGCUGAAUUCUCUUGAGAUCAACACCACCUCUACACAAAAAUUAACCCCUUCGGAAGUGAUGUUUGCCAAUGUUACAGAGUCCUCACAGGACUCGCAGCUGAGUGAGGAUGCCCUCAGUGGGAUGGAAACAUUGCCAGAGGAGAGCACCCAUAGCGAGUCACUCGAUUCACUGCCGCCCAUUGAAGCUGGAGAUGCCAAAAGUCAAGAUGAAUUGAGCAAUCCACCUUCAGCUUCCAAACCUCCUUUAAAAAGGCCUGGAAGGAAGCCAUUGGGCUUUUUAUCGCUGGUUUGCAAAAGCAAGAAGACCAAGGUGAAUGAACCAAGCAACAGUAAAAAGUGUGUACUCAAACCAAAUGUGUGCACAAAGCCUCCCUCAACAGAAAUUCAGUCACAGGAUUCAACUGCUUCUGGAGUCUCUGACAGUCAGGCGGCCACCCCCAAAACACCUGGUGCAAAUGAAGUGACUUCUGAAGAAGAGGAAACAACAGUUUCACAGUAUUUUUUUAGUGAUAUUUUCAUGCCAGUGGAUGAUGAAUGAAAUACCCUUAAGGAGGUGUGAGACCUCUAUCGAGCCUUAAAUUGUUUUUCUAUGGACAAAGAAUGUUUUUUCCCUUCUUAUAAGGAAGAACAUCCUCAGUGUCUGUAAACAUGCUGCUUUGCAAAUGUGAAGCAUAACAGAACUCUAUUUUUGGAUGAAGGUCUUUUCCACACAUUCAAAUGUACUGUGUAUGUUUAAGGAGGAAGUGUCAUUCUUUCUAUUUCCUGCUAGACCAGGCAUAGCCAAAACUGCUUUUUUAACAGGUUUGUACAGUGACCGAAUGGCAAACAGAUAUAUUUAUUUAUUUAAAGUUUAUUUAUUCGCUCCUUCAGUGCAGGAGGAGUAAAAGGCUGCUGCUACUUAUUGCCAUGCAAUGGACUGCAAGCCUUUCAAUUCACAACAAUUCUGGGGUAAAAAAUCCCCAUGCAUUAUUGAGUUAAAUGAUAUCAUUCGUUAUUUGCUUUAUUUAUUUUUUUUGACGUGCAUAGAGUGCAAAAUGUAACUCUUGUUUUCCAAAUAGAAGACUUUGGGGCUUAAAAGGGGCAUAUAUUUAUUUUUCUGUGUUGAUGAUCAGUUCCUUGAAAUGGCACCCUGAAAAUAAGCCAUAUUGCGAAUAAAAAAAGCCUGUACCU